AAGAAUUUAAUUGUAUUAUAUUAUAUUGGUAUUGCACAAUUAACCAUUAAAUUUGACUAAGAAUCGGGAUUUCUAACCUAAGCAUAGUUUUUCUAUCUACAUUUUCAAUCCAAGCUACUGUGAAAGUAAUUGAAGAUUUUAUUUACAGAGUAAUUGAUCAAAAUUAAAAAAUCACGACACCAAAGCUGACUACCAAUUUUUUAAGAAAAUUUUUUACCAAUCCAAAUAUAUUAACAAUGUCAGUUGGAGGAAGCGGUGGUCGAGAUUUGGCCCUGUUGAUGUUAAAAUCAUUACCGAGAGUAUGUUUGGGAAACUUACGAGCUAAUCCUGGUACAUUGAAAAAGAAUAAAAGAGGAAGAGGUCAACACGGCGGUGACAAACAUGGUCAUGGAAACAAAGGCUCUGGUCAACGACAAAAUUACAUGAGACUUGGAUAUGAAACAGGAAAUAGACCAUUCUAUCUUAGGUUUGGUUUCGAACCAUACUAUAAAAAUCACCAUUUGAGGCGUCAAUAUCCUCCAUUCAGUUUACAACAACUGCAAAUGCUUAUAGAUACAAACCGAAUUGAUACCUCAAAACCGAUUGAUCUCGCAACUUUGAUAAACACUGGUUUAUUUUCUAUCGAUACAAGGCAGACUCAUGCUGGAUUCCAACUCACUAUUGAUGGUGCUGAUCACUUCAAUUCCAAAGUAAAUAUUGAAGUACAAUGGACAACUGAGCCAGUAAUAGCGGCAAUCGAAAAAAAUGGAGGCACGAUAACUACAGCUUAUUAUGAUAAGAUUAGCUUAGAUUGCUUAGCAGAUACAAAAAAAUUUUUCCAAAGAGGUAGUCCAAUUCCUCGAAGAAUGCUACCACCUAUAGAUUGCUUAGAAUAUUACAGCAGUGCAGCUACUCGAGGUUAUCUAGCUGAUGUACAACAUGUUGCACAUGAAAGACUUGUUUUAUCACAAAAAUAUGGUUACACUUUACCGGAAUUAGAAAAUGAUCCUGAAUUCAACAUACUUGCGAAACGUAAAAAUCCACGGCAGGUAUUUCAUGGUCUAGCACCCGGUUGGGUUGUAAGUUUGAAAGAUAAAGCUAUUUUGAAACCAACAGCUGACUAUCUCAAAGAAUAUUAUACUAAUUAAAUAUAGUUAGUGUUAAAAACUAAUAUCACAGUUGGAAUCGUACAAUAAAUAUCAAUUGUUUUCAAUGUUA